CGCGGGCUCCUGACAGGCUAGGGGGUGAUGCGGUGUCUGACCUAGCGUGGGGACUAACCCAGGGUUUCAGAGGGGCCGUCACCAGCCCCCGCCAGGACCACUGUUCCUGCACGUCCCUGUGUCGUGGAAUCCUCGGCUACCGCUGUGCCUGCGUCACAGUGCCAUGUGAUGUCACUCCUCACUGUGUGACGUAACCCGUCGAGGAGCGUGAGGCAAUGGGGCCUCGCGAGGCCUGCUUGGUUCCGUUACCCCCCGUAAGAUGGCCUCACCCCUUGGGGGAAAGCCCUCUCCGCCCCGGGCUGAGUCCGCCCGCUACGAGGAGACGGCGACGGUCCGCGUGGAGACCUCGUCCCACCAAGUGGAGACGACCUCCCGUCAGGUGCGGAGGUCUUCCCGGCAGGUGGAGACUACCCAGCGCCGCAGCGAGGGGCGCUCCGUCUCCCCCUCUGGGAAACGGCUCCCUCGCGUCUUCGAGGUGUCCUACCAGCACGUGGAAACCGCCUCGCAGCGCAGGGAGACGGCCUCCCGCCGCGUCAGGGCCUCGUCUCUGCGGGUGGAGACGUCUCUGCACCGCGUGGAGAGCCCGCCGCGGCGGGAGCAGCCGGCCGCUCGCCAAAAUGUCCAAAAGGCCCUAUGAAAUGCUUC